AGGCGCGCUGCUGGCGGCGGCGGCAGCGGCGCGGGGAGCUAGGGCUGGAGACCUGAAGUCCGGGGGAGCGAGCGAGGCAGCCGAGGAGGCAGGGGCGAGGCAGCCAGCGAGAACCAGGCGGCUGGAGCCCCGCGCCGAGCCGCAGCCAGUGUCCUGCGCACCGGGCCCGGGCAUCUCCAUCCCCCGGGCGGGUGCCCGCGCGGGGCCUCGCCGCGGUUCGGGGCACCCGCAGUACCGCCUGCCCGAGCGCCAGCCUCGCAGGAGCCCGGCUUUUACUUCCUCUCGCUUCCGCCCGCCUCCCUGGCUUGCCGGCUGGCGUCGCCACCGCCUCCUCGUCCCUGGCCACCGCUGUCGCCGCUGCUGCAAUUCAAGGCGCACACUCUCCCACUUUCCCACUGGAGGCGCAGAGGAUGCCCCUUGAGCCAGACCUGGAGAAAUAGCCCCAGGGCCCGGCAGGAGGAGCCUUGGUAGCGAGAAAGGAAAUCCAGGCUCCGCUUUCCUUGAAGCCACUGCAGCAGCUGGGAAGGCGCCCACAGAGCGGGCGCGCCAAGCGGGACGCGGGAGUCGCAGAGAGGGACCCCGGGCGCCUGCUGAGCUCCGCUGGCAGAGUUUGCAAGUGACGGAGACCCUUCAGGUGGCAUCCCUGAAUCCUGACUGGAUGGAGGCCCACCAGCUUCUGUUCCCAUGAGGUAGAAAGGCCAAGCUUGGUCUUCAGCUGGGGAAGAGGCCAGAAACAAGGCCCCUGGCAAAAUAACCCAGAUCCAUUGGCCUGAGGAGCAGAGAAAGGGUGAGAAGUGAACUGCAGCUGCUGGUAACCCUCAGAAACCUUCUCCGAUUGCUAUUCUCACAGUUCUUUGGGAAGACUCUGAAGUGAAGAACAAUAUGUAGGAAAAUGGGACCAACUCAUGUGUGUUCUGAGCCUCAAAACCUCUUUCUUGGCCCAAAGAAUCUCACCUUGAGUUUGGGAGGGCUGGUAAGCUCCAUCCUUUCUCAUGACCUCAGCCAAGCAUUGAACUUGCCCUCCCCUUCUGGCCUUGGUGAUCACUUUUUCAGGAAAAGUGAGACUGAGGAACCCCAGGUGUUCCAUCCCUAAGAAAAGCUCGGGAAGCCAAGCCCCUUCCAUCCCCUCCCAAGCACCCCAGCCAAGCCCCAGAGAGCCAGUCCGGAAUGAUCCCGCUAUGGCCAAGCUCUGGUUCAAAUUCCAGCGGUACUUCCGCCGGAAACCUGUGCGCUUCUUUACCUUCCUGGCACUCUACCUGACUGCUGGGAGCCUUGUCUUCCUUCACUCUGGCUUUGUGGGCCAGCCCGCUGUCUCGGGGAACCAGGCGAACCCCGCCGCCGCAGGAGGCCCGGCUGAGGGUGCUGAGCUGCCCUUCUUAGGCGACAUGCAUCUGGGCAGAGGUUUCCGGGACACCGGUGAAGCCUCGAGCAUCGCUCGCAGGUACGGACCCUGGCUCAAGGGCAAGGAUGGGAAUGAGAGAGCCAAACUUAGCGACUACGGUGGAGCCUGGAGCCGAGCCCUCAAGGGGAGGGUUGUCCGGGAGAAGGAGGAAGAGCGAGCCAAGUACAUCGGCUGCUACCUGGAUGACACCCAGAGUCGGGCCCUUCGAGGAGUGUCCUUUUUUGACUACAAAAAGAUGACCAUCUUCCGUUGCCAGGACAACUGUGCUGAACGGGGUUACCUGUAUGCCGGGCUGGAGUUCGGCGCCGAGUGCUACUGCGGCCACAAGAUCCAGGCGACGAACGUGAGCGACGCAGAGUGCGACAUGGAGUGCAAGGGCGAGCGAGGCAGCGUGUGCGGCGGCGCCAACCGCCUCUCUGUCUACCGGCUGCAGCUGGCCCAGGAGUCGGCCCGCAGGUAUGGAAGUGCAGUGUUCCGGGGCUGCUUCCGCAGGCCUGACAACCUUUCCCUGGCCUUACCCGUGACAGCUGCCAUGCUGAACAUGUCCGUGGACAAGUGUGUGGACUUCUGCACUGAGAAGGAGUACCCGCUGGCAGCUCUUGCAGGCACUGCCUGCCACUGUGGAUUUCCCACCACCCGUUUCCCACUCCAUGACAGAGAGGAUGAGCAGCUCUGUGCCCAGAAGUGCAGCGCGGAGGAGUUUGAGAGCUGCGGAACUCCUAGUUACUUCAUUGUGUACCAGACACAAGUCCAAGACAACCGUUGCAUGGACAGAAGGUUCCUGCCGGGCAAGUCCAAGCAACUUAUUGCUUUGGCCAGCUUUCCAGGUGCUGGCAACACGUGGGCUCGCCACCUCAUCGAGCUGGCCACGGGCUUCUACACUGGCAGCUACUACUUCGAUGGCUCCCUCUACAACAAAGGGUUUAAAGGUGAACGGGACCACUGGCGCAGUGGACGGACCAUUUGCAUCAAGACGCACGAAAGUGGCCAGAAAGAGAUCGAGGCCUUCGACGCCGCCAUUCUGCUCAUCCGCAACCCCUACAAGGCCCUCAUGGCUGAGUUCAACCGCAAAUACGGCGGCCACAUAGGCUUUGCUGCGCAUGCCCACUGGAAGGGCAAAGAGUGGCCAGAGUUUGUGAGGAACUAUGCCCCAUGGUGGGCCACUCACACACUGGACUGGCUCAAGUUCGGCAAGAAAGUGUUGGUGGUUCACUUUGAGGACCUGAAGCAGGACCUCUUCGUCCAGCUGGGCCGGAUGGUCAACCUGCUGGGCGUGGCUGUCAGGGAGGACCGGUUGCUCUGUGUGGAGAGCCAGAAGGAUGGCAACUUUAAGCGCUCAGGGCUCCGGAAGCUUGAGUAUGACCCGUAUACUGCAGACAUGCAGAAGACCAUCUCUGCCUACAUCAAGAUGGUGGACGCGGCCCUCAAAGGGCGGAACCUCACGGGUGUCCCCGAUGACUACUACCCAAGAUGAUGCGUCCACACGGGGAGGGUAGACCGGGAGUCCUGACCAUGUAGGCCCUGAGGACUCAAGACCCCUGGUGACCCCCACUCAUCUGUCCUCUCUUUGGUCUGGGGACAAUCCCCUUGGCUGCUCUUUGCCUUCAAUGAGUUUCCUGCAUGACAGAGGAGGCUCAAGGGAAGAGAUUGUCCAGGCACUACCACUCUGCUCACGUAUUCCCCACUUGGCAAUGUGGAGCAUCUCGUUUGGGGGGUUCUAGUUACAUGGACUCUUUUCUGUCUCCUGUGUCCCUGCCCCCACCACUCUGAGUUCUGCUUGUGGGAGGGAGGGCUCAUCCAUAUCACGGAGACUUGCUGGAUGCCCUGUGGCAAUUGUCGAGGCUCUUAAUGCAAGAGCCCAGGGGGCUAUUGUGAAAACGUGGCCCCAAAUGCUUGUCCCUUCUGGGCUGAGCUUGCACAGCCCCCUUCUCAUCUCCACCCAAGAAGCGCUGGCACUGAUGUUUAACUCAGGCCACCUUCUGUUCUAAAGAAAGAUUGCUGGGAAGUUUCUCCGUGGCCUUAGGUUUCUGACAUCCUGGGUAGGGUGGGGAGGCAUUGGUGCUCACGGUAGGUUAACUGGAGACACCAUGUGGGGCCACUGGUGUCAUGAGACCCCCCAGGCCACACUGCUUCUCAGAAACAAGCUGCUUGCCUUUCCACCUCCAGGACAUAAACCCUGCCCCUUUCUAUCCAUGCUGUGUCCAGGAGAUGACCUUGAGAUCCUGAUACCACCUUCAAGGAACCUCAGGCACCAACAAUGAGCCCACAAGGAUGGCCACAUGCCACGUGUAGAUUUGAGUUAAGAGAGCACCCCAGUGACACAUCUCUCCACGGUGGGCUCCAGUUGGUCUUACACUGCCAUUCUGACCCCUACAAAUGGGUACUUUGCUAUCCAGGUGAGACAGCAAGAGUGCUCUUAAUCAGAUGGAACUACACCCAAAAUGGACCCCCCACUACCUUCCCAGACCAUCUGUCUCCCCUUGAUCAUAGUCCAACAGGGCCAGCUUCCCCUGAGGACCCUUUAAGGAAUGGGGUGAAUGAAAUUGUGUCAUUUCUAUACAAACACUACUCUCUUGAUGCUGAGAUGCCAAACCAAAGGAUUUCUGAGGACCUGAAUCACAGAGCAUCAGUCUUACAAAGUGUUGGUCCAGAGUCCCAUCUCUUCCCCAACCCCGGACACCAGUGGCUUCCCACCUGGUCCAAACCUGCACCAUCCAUCAUUGUGUAGAUGAAAAAGCCAUAGGUCACAGCCUCUUUGCUAUUCGGUUGGAGCAGGCCCCCUAAGCGGUCCCUCUGAAGCCUUGGGGUGCAGGUAAAUGCUCAUUCUCAAGUAGCAAAGAGACCACGGAGAAGGUGCGUGUAAAGAGAUAUAUUUUUGUAAGAGGAAUAUGAUUAAUACAUUCCGCCCAUUGGAACCUGGCCAUGCAAAGGAAGGACACAGGGAUUAGACCUGUGGUACCCUUCCCUGAUUCCCUCAUCUGUAGGACUUGGGCUGCCCCAGGCCCACCCACGGGGCUCUGAAUGUAUUUUGUACCGUGUUUCUUUCCCCCAGGCGAAUUUCUAGUCUUCUUUCAUGAAGCAGUGGAGGGGUUGGCCUCCCUUCCACUGGGAGGUUGACUCUCUCUGAGAGACUCUUGGUCCAAGACCUGAGUCAGUUCUUUGCUGGUGGUCCCCUCUGACCACAAGCUUCUGUCUGAAGAUUCCUCAGGUCAACACCAUCAUUAAAUGCGAGUUUUGUUGAUGAUUCUACCAUGUAGUAGAGUGUUGUGUAAGACAGGUUCACAAAUGGGAUGUUUUCCUGGGGUGUGCGUGUGUGCAUGUGUGUAUGUAAGAGAGAGAGAGACAGAGACAGUGAGAGACAGAGAGGCAUAGAGAGACAGAGAGAGAGAGACAAGAAACAGAGAUAGAGACAGAAAAUGUUCAGUGUGGCAGGUGGGUUGGUGUAUAACUGCUUUUGUGCCUGUGUGACUGGCAUAGCUGCUCAGGAAGAAUUACAUGCCUCUGUGUGUAAAAUUGCCUUUGUGUUCUUCUGCCUCUCUGUGUUUUGAAACUGUAUCCCACAAGUUGCCGUUAUGACCAUCUCAUUUGUAAUGGGUCUGUGCAGGUCCUUGUGUAUGGAAUUGCACCCGUGUAAAGGAGAAAAUGGUCAGUGUGCAUGAAA